UACAUAUGUACAGUAGCUGCUUGAUUAGAUAUGGAUUAGAUAAGAUUAGAUUACCAAAUUUUUUGCUGCACCCUACCUAUGUAUUAUGUCCCGGACAUAGCCAGGUAGGUAUAUUCAUUACUUUCAGCUAAUUUAUAGCAAUUCCUAAUCACUCUCCUCCCGACUUUUUGGUAUGUCAUGGUCCCGUUACCUAAUGAAACUUAUCAUGGCGCCUGAGCUGAAGAGGGUACCAAUCCCUCGCAAUGGCGUUGAUUACAGAGGCAAAAUUGUCCUCGCGCCCAUGGUUCGUUCUGGAGAGCUACCAUCGCGACUGCUGGCUCUUCAUUAUGGCGCUGACUUAGUAUGGGGACCCGAAACUGUAGAUAGAUCUAUGAUCGGAACGACGAGACGAUUCAACCCAGAAACCAGGACGAUUGAAUGGACAAGGAAACCAUCGCUAGGUACCAGGACCCCACCAACAGACGUAAAAGAUAGUGUCAUAUAUAGAAUGCACCCCGAAAAAGAAGGACGAAAGCUCAUCUUUCAGAUCGGCACAUCUAAUCCCGACUAUGCGGUACAGGCAGCUAGACUAGUCGCCGCCGACGUUGCAGGAAUCGACGUGAACGCCGGAUGCCCCAAGCCCUUCAGCACGCACGAUGGUAUGGGGGCCGCUUUACUUCGGACUCCCGAUAAGCUAUGUUCCAUUCUAGAAGCACUAGUCCAGAACAUAACCCCCGAAUUUGAAAUCGGGAUCAGCGUAAAGAUCAGGAUCCUUGAGACCGCGCAAGAGACAGAAGCAUUGGUGAGAAGGCUUGUCGCUACUGGCAUAACAGGUCUAACGGUGCAUUGUCGAACAACCCCCAUGCGGCCUAGAGAGCGAGCUAUUCGAGGCCAACUCCGUAUGGUAGCAGACAUAUGUCGGGAAGCAGGCGUUGCAUGCAUUAUGAAUGGCGACGUUGAGGACAGAGACCAAGGCCUUGAGCUAAUGGAAGAAUACGGCGCCGAUGGUGCCAUGAUAGCAACUCAGGCCGAGAGGAACCCUAGUUGUUUCAAGAGUAGGGCCGACGGCGGUUUCCUGCCGUGGAACGAAGUGGUAGAACAGUAUAUUCGCUACGCCAUGGAGGUCGAAAACAAAUUCGGAAACACCAAAUUUUUGCUUUGCCAGCUCGUGCCGGGGAAGCAGUAUGUUUAUCGCUCUCUCAGCAGCUGCAAGAGUUACACACAAAUGUGCGAACUACUCGACCUUGAUCAUUUAAUAGAGCGAGCUCGCGAGGUUGAUAUCAGUCGUGAUAUCGAUCCUGAUACUGCAGGGAAGAAGGAUAAGAAAGUCAACAACAGUGCACUCGCCGCAGGGGGGAGCACUGGGGAGUCGCGGUCGAAACCACAAACUAAAAAGGGGUUAUCGGAACGAGGGGCUCGCGCCCAAGGAGAAACGCAACUAGCGGAAACUAUAGCAGUACCUACCUAAGAAGGGAUUGCAGGAAAAUGCAUUCAAUGGCGUUGGGCGAGUAGAUAUCCCAUUUCAGAUUUCGGGGUGAGUUGGCGAACGAAAACAUAUCUGCAUUUGCAUGGCGGGGACUUGCCGAUUAGAUGGAGCAGGAGGGGAUAUUUGAAAAAAAAAA